AUGCUUGUUGGAGCCAAAGAGAGGCCAACCUUCUUUGAGAUUUUUAAGACCCGAUGCGACAAAGACUUAGGACCAAUAAGCCUUACUUGGUUUGAGGAACUUUCUUCAGAAGCACCACCAUAUAAAUCUGAACCUGUUGAAGAGUCUCAGUGUAAAAUCCGUAGUUAUGAACCAAACGUUUUCAAGACACCACAAAGAAAACCCUGUUAUAACCAGUUGGCAUCCACUCCGCUCAUGUUCAAAUAUGAAGGUAUAAGUCUGUGACUGUCCUGGUCGCCUUUAAAAUCUCUAUGAAAGGGCAUUAGUCACAACAAACAUAGCAGUCACCGCUCAAGGAGGACUGCCACGGAUCAAGCUAAAGACGGCACCAGCCCAGCUCUAAAUUCUCACCUGAGUGAAAGUCCUCUUCUACGGUGUACACGUAUAACGCCACAAAGAGGAAAGUCAGUGGUUUGUGGAAGUUUGUUUCAUACACCAAAGCUUAUGAAGGGUCAGACACCAAGACGUAUUUCUGAGAGUCUAGGAGCUGAGGUGGACCCAGACAUGUCUUGGUCAAGUUCUUUAGCCACACCGCCAACACUUAGUUCUACUGUGCUACUGGGUAACACGGGCAAGUAUGGGUGUCCGCUCCGAAAAGCACCUGGCCCCAAGGACCCUUUAUCACAUCCAACUGUGGUUCCUAGAGAAGAAGAGUCACAGAUAACGCCAGUGGAAAUCAACUGUAAGAAUUGUGAAGCUGCUUUUGAAUUAAACAAACAUACUCCCGUGGAAAAGUACCAAGAACUGUGUGACUUUAAUGACGGUUCUGAAGCAGCUGAGCUGUCGCCACUUGAAAAGUCCUUGAAAGUAGCAGUCCCUUCCUGGAAGGUGCAGUUUAACCAAAAUACAAGCAUCGCAAUAAUCCACAAUGACCAAGAAGAAGUUGCUUUCAAUCCAAACUCUGAAGAACUUUUCCCAGAGAGUGAGGAUAGCUUUGUCUCUCACAUGACGAGGAAAAGGAAUGUGUCUCUUUUAGAAGAUAGUCUGGAACACCACAAGACAAGAGUCAGCGGAGUAGGAGCACAUGUUCUUACAAGCCCUAGCACAGCGGUGUGUUUAGACAUGAGUGACAGACAAGCAGGCCAGGCACUAAUGAUAAAAGAUCCCAACACAGCAGACAGAGGCCAUAGUCUCACAGACGAGGCCAGAAAUCAUGGAAAGCACCAUCCCAAAGUGACUGUGAGUCAAGAUUUAAGCCCAGAUGUCUUUGUACAGACAGGCUUGAAGUCACACAGAAAUGAAGAAUCCAUGAAAAGAUAUGCUGGACUCGUGGAUUCAAUUUCAAACUUCAGUUUUGGAGGUGGCUUCAGAACAGCUUCUAACAAGGAGAUAAGACCCUCUGAACAUAACCUUAAGAAAAGCAAAGCGCUCUUCAAAGACAUUGAGGAGCAGUACCCUCAAAGUAUAGCUUGUGCUGGAAUUGUAAAUGCCUUGCCAUCAGAUAAUCAAAAGGAAUUAGACAAAUUGCCUGUAAAUCCCGCGCGGGAUUCACAGGCAGUUUAUACUGUAUCCAGGGAUGAGCAGGGGAGGGCCUUUGUGUCUGACAAUGGAGAGAAUCACCCACCCCCACAGAUUUUCUCUGUAAAGCAAAAUUUGAAUUCAAACCAUAAUCUAACACCCAGCCAAAGGGCAGAAAUUACAGAACUUUCUUCUAUCUUGGAACAAUCAGGGAGUCAGUUUGAAUUUACACAGUUCAGAAAAUCAAGCCACGUGACAGAGAAUCGCACAUUUGAAAGAUGUGAAAACCAAAUGACUAUCUCAAAUCACCUUUCCGAGGAUUGGAAAGAUAGUCUUGACGUCUCAGCUAAGGGCUCUCCUACCAGUCAGGUUGGAAACAGCAAGAAAUCGGACAGGACGGUUGGUGAUAAACAAAAGGCAGUGUGCUUGCUGCAGAAUGACUGUAACAAAAGUGCCUUUAGCUACUUAACACAUAAAAAUGAAGUGGAGUUUACGGGCUUUUGUUCUGCUCUUGGCACAAAAAUUCACGUUUCCAGUGAAGCUCUGCAAAGUGCUCUGAGACUGUUCAGUGACUUUGAGGAUCCUAGUGAGGAUACGUCUGCAAAAGUAGAUCCCAGAAGUUUCUUUCCAAGUAAACAUGCUGUUCCACUGUCUGAAACACACAGUCUCGUCAGUGAUCGGAAUUUGACUGAGAAGCAUGACAAAUGCCAACUUAUAUUACGAAACAGUAUUGACAUGACUAUUAGCAUUUCUGUUGACGAAAAUAUCAGGAAUUGCCAGAAAAACACAGAAGCUGAAGAAAGCAAGUAUACUGUUGCCAGUAGAAAUACUUACAACUCAGGAGAAUCUGAAGGCAAUGAUUUAAGUCAAAAGGACACAGUUGAUUCUCAUAAAGAAAGCAAGAGCUCCCCAGGUAUUCUUGACCAGUGCAACAUGCAUCUGAAAUUAUCUAGCCAGUUUAGAAAGAAGGGAACCAAGGAAAUUAAAGAAGGUUUGUCAGAUUUAACUUGUUUGGAAGUUGUGAAAGCUGAAGAAAGAUUUCAUGUUGAUACUUCAAAUAUAAAACAGUCCACUUCUAAUAAAAUGAGGCAAAAUGUGAGAGAUUUUGACAUGUGUGGUUUACCCUUCCAGACUGCAAGUGGGAAAAAUAUCAGCGUCUCCAAAGAGUCACUCCAUAAAGUUGCAAGUUUAUUUAAUGAGAAGUAUGCAGAAGAAGAAUUGAAUAGCUUUUCAGAAUCUUUGAAUUCCGAUUUGCCUUCUGGCAUAAGUAGGAACAAAACGGACAUUUCAAGUUACGAGGAAAGAAACAUGGUUAAAAACAGAAUAUGGAAAGGAAGUAACCCACCUGGUACUGAAAAUAAAUUACUCACUGCCCACCAACAACCCAAAUGUGAAAUUGAAAAGAUCAGAGCACCUGCCCUAUUGGGUUUUCAUACAGCUAGUGGGAAAAAAGUGAAAAUCACAAAGGCAUCUUUGGACAGAGUGAAGAAUCUGUUUGAUGAGAAAAAGCAAGAUGGUACCAGUGAAGUGUCCAGUUUUCACCCCCACAAGGCAACUGCUCUGAAGGGAAGAGGGGAGUAUGAGUUAGCAUGUGAGACCGUUGCAGUAGCAGCCAUCCCAGAGUCUGAAGACAUGGGGAAUUCUCUGGAUGGCAACGAGAAGCCAGCUUUAGCAUUUUCCACAGGACCAGGUAGGAAUGUGACUGUGAGCCACACAUCACUGUCUGAGGCCAAAAAAAUUGUCAACUCUGGUAUGGAGCCGGUAACGAAGAAAGUCACAGGUAGCGAGAACACUAGGGUUUCCGAAGUGAUUCCAACAGAAAGGAAAGCAAACACACCCCUACAAACAGGAGAUAGUUGUAUUCAGAAACAUCUGACACACAGUCCGCCAUGCAGAAACAAAGAUGGAGAUGUUGAAUUCCCUACAUUUGAUUCAAAUAGUUUUGAGAUAGGACCACCUACAUUCAGUACAGCAGGUGGUAAAGUCAGCUCUGUCUCACAUGAAGUAGAAAACUGCAGUGCAGGCAUUAAACAAAACACUGAGAGUGAAUCAGAUGCUUAUGAAAUGAAAGCCAUGCCCUCGUGCUAUAAAGCAGUCGGGAGUUCAGAAGAUACUGUUUUUCCUAACUCUCUGUGUGGCGAAGGAUGCACUACACAUUCAUGUCAAGUUUUUGACAUUCAAAAUGAGCAGAUUUUACAGCAUGACCGAAGUAUCUCUGAUUUGGAUCAAGUUUCUGAAAUACCCCCUUCUCAGCUUAGUCAUUUGAGAACUUCUGAUACAUGCCAGUUUAACAUGGGGAUACCUCCCAAGUCAACCUCUUCUAUGAACACCUGUGGGAUUUUUAGCACAGCAAGUGGAAAAUCUGUACAGGUGUCAGAUGCUUCCUUACAAAAGGCAAGACAGGUGUUUUCUGAGAUUGAAGAUAGUGCCAAGCAUCGUGUUUCUCAAGUAUCCUUUAAAAGUAACGAAGAACAUUCAAAUAAGGUCACAAGAGAAAAAAAUGCUACCGUACAUACUCAAAACAAAGUGUCAUCCCCUGUAGAAAGCUUUUCAUCUAAAAUGGUAAAUCCAUCUGCCUACUGUGGAUUUAAUACAGCAAGUGGAAAACAGGUUUUCAUUUCUGAAAGUGCCUUAUGUAAAGCUAAGGGAGUGUUAGAGGAGUUUGAUCGAAUUACAGCUGAAUGUUAUCCUCAGUCCCGUGCAUCUAGAGGACAUGCAUCACAAACAUUCCUGCCUUGCGUUGAAAAGAGACUGCCAAGACACCUUGUAAACUCCAAUGUAGAAAACACUCACAGCGAAGAAUUUCAGUUUUCAAGUAACUGUAAUAUUGAAAGUGGUUCUUCGGAACACUGUCCUCCUGCCAAGGUUUCUCCACAUCUGUCUCAGUAUAAGCAAGACAAAUUGCAGUCGAUGGCAGGAACCCAGGUAUCACUUGCUGAGAACAUUCAUUGUUUGGAAAAAGAACAGACUUUGCCUAAACUUGUAAAAAUGGAAAUUGGUGAAACCAAAACUUGCGCUAAUCUCCCUGUAAAAAACGGAGUGGACAUUUGUUCUACUUAUUCCAAAGAUCCAGAAAACUCUUUUGAAACCGAAGCAGUAGAGAUUGCCAAGGCUUUUAUGGAAGAUGAUGAACUGACAGAUGCAGAACUGCCAAGUAUUUGCAGAAAUUCUCAGCUUACCUACCCCAAAACUGAUGAAAUGUUUAAUUCAAGAACUGGGAAAAGAAGAAAUGUGCUGGUCUCCACUGGAGAACCCCCAAUCAAAAGAAAUUUGUUACAUGAAUUUGACAUGAUAGCAGAAAAUCAAAAAAAAUCCUUCCAAGCUGCCUCUAAAAGCACUCCAGAUGGGAUAAUGAAAGAUAGAAGAUUAUUUAUGCAUCAUAUUUCCCUAAAGCCAAUCACCUGUGCACCGUUUUGCACACCUAAAGAACGGCAAGAAAUACAGAACCCAAAUUUUACUGCACCUGGUCGGCAAUUCCUGUCCAAGGCUCGUGUCUUUGAGCAUCUGGCUUUGGAAAACCCUUCAAGCAAUUUAUCCGUGUCAGGACGGCUCCCUCCUAAAGUUCCUGCCCCCGGAGAUGAAAAAAUGAAGGCCGCCAUGGUCUCCGGCAAACGGACCAAAGUCUUUGUUCCACCGUUUAAAAUGAAAUCACAUUUUCAAAGGAACGAACAGUGUGCUACCUGGAAGGUUAAUUUGGAAGAAGACAAACAAACACAGCAAAGUACAAUCGAGCCUGGUGCUGUUGGAAAUACCGUUCAUGUCGGUGGGCUUCGUCCCUCUCACCAAAACCACUCCAGCCAGGCAGCAUGUGCAGAAGAACCUUCAGAUUGCAUUACGGAGCUUCAGAAUGCCCGAGAGGCACAGGACGCCCGGGUGAGAGUGAAGCAGCGGCAGAGGGUGUACCCACAGCCAGGCAGCCUGUAUCUCGCAAAAACAUCUUCGAUGUCGAGAAUCUCCCUGAAAGCAGCCGUCGGGGGUCGAGUCCCCUCUGCAUGCUCCCAUAAGCAGGUGUGUUCCCGCCUACGGGCUCUGUGCGACACCCCCGGUGUGGACCCAAAACUCAUCUCCAGAGACUGGGUCUAUAAUCACUACCGAUGGAUCAUCUGGAAGUUGGCAGCGAUGGAAUUUUCUUUCCCUAAGGAGUUUGCUAGUAGAUGCCUGAGCCCAGAAGUGGCGCUUCUUCAGCUGAAAUACCGGUACGAUGUGGAGGUUGAUGGGAGCAGGAGGUCAGCUCUGAAGAAGAUCACAGAGAGGGAUGAGAGCGCAGCCAGGACACUUGUUCUCUGUGUGUCUGGAAUCAUCACCCCAAGCACAAGUACUCCUGAGCCUGCCGGCAGUCAAGCUAAAACCCUGCACGGCAGAGACGGGGCCCUGCUGGAGCUCACUGAUGGCUGGUAUGCUGUCAGAGCCCAGCUUGACCCGCCGCUCUCAGCGCUCCUGAAGACGGGCCGGCUGACAGUGGGUCAGAAGAUCAUCACACAGGGUGCUGAGCUGGUGGGCACGCAGGAUGCUUGCACGCCCCUCGAAGCCCCAGAAUCUCUCGUGCUAAAGAUUUCUGCUAACAGCACACGACCUGUUCGUUGGUACACCAAACUUGGCUUCUUUCCUGAGCCCAGGCCUUUCCCCCUGCCCUUGUCAUCCCUCUUCAGUGAUGGAGGGAAUGUCGGCUGUGUUGACGUGAUCAUUCAGAGAGCAUACCCUAUACAGUGGGUGGAGAAAACCUCAUCGGGAUUGUACAUAUUUCGUGAUGAAAGAGCAGAAGAGAGAGAAGCAGCCAACUACACAGCUGUCCAGCAGAAGAGACUGGAGGCCUUGCUCACGGACAUCCAGGCGGAACUUGAAGAGCAGGAAGAACACACAACAAAAUGUAUCCCAUUGCGUGCACUAACAAGACAGCAAGUCCACGCUCUGCAGGACGGAGCAGAGCUAUAUGAAGCUGUGAGGGACGCCCCAGACCCAGGCGACCUGGAGGGUUCCUUCAGCAAAGAGCAGCUAAGAGCCUUGAACACUCACAGACAGAUGUUGAGUGAUAAGAAGCAGGCACAGAUCCAGCUGUUACUCAGGAAGGCCGUGGAAUCGGCUGAGCCAGGGGAGAAAAGCUUAUCGAGGACCGUCACAACCGUGUGGAAGCUGCGUGUUGUCAGCUAUGAGGAGAAAGCGACAGACUCAGUCAUCCUGAGUAUCUGGCGUCCAUCCUCAGACCUACUCUCCCUACUAACUGAGGGCACGAGAUACCGGAUCUACAAUCUCACCACCUCAAAAUCAAAAAGCACAUCUGGACGAGCAACUGUACACCUGACAGCGACCAAGAAAACCCAGUAUCAGCCACUGCCGGCUUCAGACGAAAUUCUACUCCAGGUUUUCCAGCCAAGGGAAUCCCUUCGCUUCAGUAGCUUGUGGGAUCCAGACUUCCACCCUCCUGGCUCUGAGGUGGACCUGACAGGAUUGGUCAUUUCUGUUGUGGAAAAAGCAGGUGUGGCCCCUCUGGCCUACUUGUCAGACGAAUGCCAUAAUUUGUUAGCAAUAAAGUUCUGGGUGGAUAUUAACGAAGACAUCAUUAAACCUCCAACGAUAAUUGCUGCAAGCAACCUACAGUGGCGGCCAGAAUCCAAGUCAGGGAUUCCGACGUUAUUUGCUGGCGAGUUUUCCACGUUUUCUGCCAAUGCGAAGGACGCCCGCUUCCAGGAGGCAGCCUGCAGACUGAGAGCCGCCACUGAGAACAUUGACGUAUUUUGCCAGGAAGCGGAAAACAAGCUAAUGCACUUGCUUAAUACAAAUGAUCCCAAGUGGCCCACCCCAAGGAAAGCCCACUCUGCAGAGCACACUAGCCCAGAAGUCCUUGCUGUCAAAAGUACAGUCUCGGUAAGUCGUGUCAAUGGUGAUAUGGACCGUGUGAAUGAAGGUAGCCCUCUGUGCCCAUGUGGGCCAAAAGGGAAGUCACUUCCCAUGCCUGCAUCAGCCCAGAAGCCUCUGAAGUCUUGUGGUAAAGGUGUGGACUUCAGUGAUGACCAAAAGACCAUCAAAAAGAGGAGAGCCCUGGAUUUCUUGAGCAGGCUGCCUGCACCCCCACCUGUUAGUCCAGUAUGCACGUUUGUUUCUCCGGCUGCCCAGAAAGCCUUUCAGCCGCCACGGAGGUGCAGCCCCAAGUGUGAGGCUCCGCUGCAGAGGAAGGAACUGAAUUCCCCUCCGGUGAUGCCGCUGAAGGACGCCAGCGAGACUUCUCUUCUGGACAGCGACUCCAUCGCUGAUGAAGAGCUGGCGCUGAUCAACACCCAGGCCCUUCUGUCUGGCCCAGCUGGAGAAAGCAGGCUUGUUAGCCUCUCACGGGCCCCAAACACACCACCACCAAAGCAGGAGACAGCAGAAAACGGGAUUUUCGGGGAAGCAGUCUUUCCUCCGUACCCCAAUUAUGGCUGCGGAGUCAGUUCUAACUCCGUGAACAAACCAAUCAUUCACAUGAGCAAGGCUGAGAACACCUCCCUAAGCCCCCGGGUGCAGUCCCCUUUCCCCGAGAUGUACAGGCAAGGAGUUCGUGUGCCGAGUCCCCUGACGAACAUCAAGCAGAACUAG